UAGUCAAAGAGUGUUGUUUUCUCUGCGGAAAAUUAUGUUUUUCUAGGGAAUCUAAAGUGAAAUCUUGAAAAUGGCAGGAUUAACCGAUGUAGACAGCCCGUUCGUGAAGACAGAAAAUGCAUGCAAAGUAUGUGGCUCGUCGGAAGGGGACAUGGAAUCGAUCUUCUGCGAUGCGGACGAUACCCGGAUGCUGAACAAAAUCUACAAAUGCACCCGAGUUGAGGUCACACCGGUUUGCGGGCUGAUAUCACCCAUCUGUGAAACCUGUCGCAAACGUAUCGACGCGUACGAUGAGAACGCCAAACCGAAGGUGGUUGAAUUUGUAAUCAAAAACGAACCGGAUCAGGAUGCGUUGGAUUACGAUCCGCUCAACUUCCAAGACCCCAUGGCUUUGGACGGGCCUGGUGGUGGCGAGGAAGACAUCUUCGAGGAUGUCAAUGUUAAGUUGGAGAUUAGCUUUGGCGAUGGAGACCAGGAAAGGGUGACUCCCAAAGAAAAUAAAAGGAAAGGAAAGGGUAUUCGCGGAGCGAAACAAUUGCCCGAAACAACGGAUACGAAGCAGAUCAUUGAAAUUAACGAGGAAAAAAAUGAGAGCACGGAAAAUGAAAAGGAAAAUGUUCCUAGAACACGAGUUGCCAGGAAAGCAGCGGAAAAAUUAGCCGUUAAAGCCGACUCCGGUAGUGAGUCGAGUGAUUUCGAAUGGGCAGGGGGAGAAGACUUCGCUGACGACGAUGAAGAUGCGAAAUUAGACAGUGAUCACAGUAAAGGAACAUCGGAGGAUGAAAAACCGUUGAAGAAAAGGAAAACAGCAAAGAGAAAACCAAAUCCUACGGGAGAAAAGCGGAAGAAAGGAAGACCUCGGAAGAUUCGACCGGAAGGGAAGGAGAUAAAAACUCCGGAAGAAUGCAAAAUCUGUGGCCGGGUUGUGACGUACAUGAGAGAACAUAUGCGAAUGCACAAGAUUGACAAGCAACACAAGUGUCCGUAUUGCGAUCGAAUGUUUGUACAGGGGAAUAACUUGAAAUAUCACAUUCGGAAACAUUUAGGAGAACGGCCGUACUCGUGUGAAUUGUGCGAUAAAACGUUUUACUGUGCACCGCACUUGAAAUCUCAUAUGAAAGUACAUGGACCACAGGGACUUUUCCAAUGUGACAGAUGCCCUAAAACGUUCAACCAAGAGUGCAAUUUAAGAAAACACAUUCGGGUUCAUACGGGCGAAAAACCAUACAAGUGUUCAAAGUGUGACAAAGCGUUCAAUAGUACUUCAAACUUAAAAAAUCAUCAAAGACUGCACGCCGAUGAUCGUGCGUUUACUUGCGAACAUUGUUCGAAGAGCUUUGUGGACAUACUCCAUUUGCAGCGACACAUACGGGUUCAUACUGGAUAUCAGCCAUACAUUUGCCACGUUUGCUGUCAUGCAUUCAACUGCCAGAAUGGAAUUGUUGAACAUUUAAAAUCGCAUAUUCUUGAGCGAAAGGAGCUUUAUUCAAAAGCUCCGAAAGGUUAGUCUAGGUUUUCAAUAAAACUAUUUGUAUGUGUACCGACCAAUUGAAUAAUAGGGAAGGUGCUUUUGUUAUUCCGAAAUCACCUUAGUUG